AUGAGGUCAGAAGAUCAGGGUAAAAGCCAGAAAACUAGUAUUUUCAGAGGAGUUGGUGGCUUUUCUCAGGGGAGAGAAAUGAGCACCGACCACCGGUGGUUGGGAGAUCAGUUUUGUUUUAUCAUCAACUUUAACCAUGAAAAUCAGAAGCCUUUGGAGCUACGCACAGAGGAUUCGAAGGACUGCGAUGAGUGGAUAACAGCCAUCUCACGAGCCAGUUACAAGACCCUCGUAACUGAACAUGAAGCUCUCAUGCAGAAAUAUUUGCAUUUACUGCAAAUUGUGGAAACUGAGAAGAAGGUGGCAAAGCAACUGAGGCAGCAAAUAGAAGACGGAGAGGUGGAGGUAGAACGUCUUAAAGCCGAGAUUGCGUCAUUACUGAAAGAUAACGAGCGUAUCCAAUCAACAACAAGCAAUGCUCAAAAUGAAGACACUGACAUUAGGAAGAUAAAGAAGGUACAAAGCUUCCUGCGUGGAUGGCUAUGUCGGCGGAAGUGGAAAAGUAUAAUCCAGGAUUACUCGAGGUCUCCCCAUGCCGACAGCAUGCGCAAGAGAAACCAGGUUGUGUUCAGCAUGCUAGAAGCAGAAUCGGAAUAUGUUCAGCAGUUGCAUAUUUUGGUCAACAACUUUCUGCGUCCUCUGCGCAUGGCGGCUAGCUCCAAGAAGCCAUCAAUCACCCAUGAUGAUGUCAGCAGCAUUUUCCUGAACAGUGAGACCAUCAUGUUUUUGCACCAGAUCUUUUAUCAGGGCCUGAAGGCUCGGAUCUCCAGCUGGCCCACACUGGUGUUGGCGGAUCUGUUUGACAUCCUCCUGCCGAUGUUGAACAUUUACCAAGAGUUUGUACGGAACCAUCAGUACAGCCUGCAGAUCCUGGCACACUGCAAGCAAAAUCGAGACUUUGAUAAACUAUUGAAACAAUAUGAAGCCAAACCAGACUGUGAGGAGCGAACUCUGGAGACCUUCCUCACCUACCCCAUGUUCCAGAUUCCUCGCUAUAUCCUGACUCUGCAUGAGCUGCUCGCUCACACUCCUCAUGAACACGUAGAACGUAACAGCCUAGAAUAUGCCAAAUCCAAGCUGGAGGAGCUGUCAAGAAUAAUGCAUGAUGAAGUCAGCGAAACAGAAAAUAUCCGGAAGAAUCUGGCUAUCGAGAGGAUGAUUGUCGAGGGCUGUGAGAUUUUGCUGGAUACCAGUCAGACCUUUGUACGGCAAGGCUGCCUGAUUCAAGUGCCCAUGUCAGAGAAGAGCAGGGCAACAAGAGGGCGAUUAGGGUCCCUUUCGCUGAAAAAGGAAGGAGAGCGUCAGUGCUUCUUAUUCUCCAAACACCUGCUGAUCUGCACUCGCAGCUCUGGAGGGAAGCUGCACCUCACAAAGAAUGGGGUGGUAUCCUUGAUGGACUGCACAUUACUGGAAGAUCAAGAGGAGGAUGAGAAUAGACAAGAUGGAGAUCACUUGGACUUCAAGAUCUCAGUGGAACCCAAAGACUCUGCUCCCUUUGUUGUCAUCCUGAUGGCAUCUUCCAGGCAGGAGAAAGCAGCUUGGACCAGUGACAUCAGCCAGUGUGUGGACAACAUCCGCUGUAAUGGACUCAUGAUGAACGCCUUUGAAGAGAACUCCAAAGUCAGCGUACCCCAGAUGAUCAAGUCAGACAGCACUUUAUAUUGUGAUGACAUUGACAUACGGUUCAGUAAGACAAUGAACUCCUGCAAGGUCCUCCAGAUACGCUACGCAAGUGUUGAACGCCUACUGGAACGUCUCACCGAUCUGCGCUUUUUAAGUAUCGACUUCCUCAACACGUUCUUGCACUCUUACCGGGUCUUCACCUGUGCAGAUAUUGUACUAGACAAGCUUAUCGCUAUCUACAGGAAACCAGUCAGUGCCAUUCCAGCCAGGUCUUUGGAGCUUCUUUUUGCAAGUAAUCAAAAUAAUAAACUUCUGUAUGGUGAACCCCCUAAAUCACCCAGAGCUACACGCAAGUUCUCCUCUCCACCACCCCUGUCCAUCACCAAGUCCUCAUCGCCCAGCCGUAGACGCAAACUUUCACUCAAUAUUCCUAUCAUUACUGGUGGAAAAGCACUGGACCUUGCUGCCCUGGGAUGUUCUCCAAAUGGAUCCUCAAGUGCCUGCCCUGCUCCUCCUCCAUACAGCAAAACCACUUUGGACAUCAAUAAACUUUACGUGUCAGGGAGCUUCCCUAGCAAAGUAGGAGAGGGAGAGGAGCCACCUGCAGAGAAGGAUGAGGAGCCAGUAACACAGAGACAAAACUCAGAAGUUUCCUGCCGAGCAGAAUCGGACACUGAACAGACACAAAGUGAUGAAGCUGAGAAUGACACGUCUCCAACUCGAUCACCGACUACGCCAAUCUCUCAGCGCGGCCGCAACUCUGCGGAUUUCACACUCUUCUCCUAUAAUAACGGCAUUGUGAUGACAUCCUGCCGAGAGCACGACAGUAGCCGCAGCAACUUAUCGGCAGCCUCUGCUUUUGCUAUAGCAACUGCAGGAGCGAACGAGGGUACUCCCACCAAGGAGACAUACAGACGAAUGUCUUUGGCAACAGCAGGGUUCCCAUCAGAUCAGAGAAAUGGAGACAAGGAAUUUGUCAUCAGAAGAGCAGCCACGAACCGUGUGCUAAAUGUCCUGAGACAUUGGGUAUCCAAACAUGCUCAGGAUUUUGAGGGAAAUCUACAACUUAAGAAUAAAGUGAUAUGUUUCCUGGAGGAGGUCAUCCACAAUCCGGAGCUCCUGGCACAAGAGAGGAAAGCUGCAGCCAACAUUAUCCGCACAUUGACACAGGAGGAUCCUGGAGACAGCCAGGUAACUCUGGAAGAGAUUGAGCAUACGGUUUUGGGGACUCCUGUGGAUCCGUUUGAAUCUCUCUCUGCCCUGGAGACUGCAGAACAGCUUACAUUACUGGACCAUCUGAUCUUCAAGAAGAUUCCCUAUGAGGAGUUUUUUGGUCAGGGGUGGAUGAAAACCGACAAAAAUGAGAGAACGCCAUAUAUCAUGAGCACAAGCAAACACUUCAACCAUAUGAGUAACCUGAUUGCCACCGAGAUCCUGCGGAAUGAAGAUCCGGCGGUGCGUGCGUGUACAAUUGAGAAGUGGAUGGCAGUGGCUGAUAUCUGUCGCUGUCUACACAAUUAUAAUGCUGUUCUGGAGAUUACAUCAUCUCUUAAUCGCAGUGCAAUAUUUCGCCUCAAGAGGACCUGGAUUAAAGUGUCCAAACAGACAAAGGCCUUAAUCGACCGGCUUCAGAAGUUGGUGUCUUCAGAAGGAAGAUUUAAAAACCUGAGAGAGGCCUUGAAGAACUGUGACCCUCCCUGUGUCCCCUAUUUGGGCAUGUACCUGACUGACCUGGCAUUUAUAGAAGAAGGUACCCCCAACUACACAGAGGAUGGACUGGUCAACUUUUCGAAGAUGAGAAUGAUUUCACAUAUAAUUCGAGAGAUUAGGCAGUUUCAACAGACUGCCUACAAGAUAGAGCACCAGCCUAAGGUCACACAGUAUCUCUUGGACUCCUCAGGAGUGCUGGAUGAAGAGGGUCUUUAUGAAGCUUCUCUCCGCUUGGAACCCAAACUUCCUACCUGAAUUUUUGUUGCACUCGCCCUGCCUGUAUCAUAUUGUACAGACCCCCCAAGCCUCUGGCCGGACCCCAUUAUGCAGGGGUCCCCAUAUAGGGGCAGAGAUGUCUGUGUCUCCAUUCAUCCCAAACACCCAACUGCUCCUAAGGGAGGCCCUACACUGUCCCUACACCCAGUUUUCCCCAAAGACACCCCUAGAAAGAGUGACCAGGGUGGAGACUGAGAUACCUCUCAAUAUGAGCACUGUCUUACUUCAUCAUAGGCUUUGCUGGCACGAACUGAACCAUCGCUGCUACUUCCUUUUGACUUCACAUCUAAAGAGAUUAAAGCAGUGUUUGUGCGCAGCAGCUUACCAACAAAGCAGCAUUCACCCCCUCUACCACCAUGCUUGAAUGAAGGGGUUUAUGGUUCUGUGUUUCUUUCACAGAGAGGUAUUAAAAGAAAACUAGAGAACAGAAGGGGCUGAUGCACAACACUCCCAAAUUUUGUCAUAAAGAGCAGAUGAGAGGGCACAUGCAAAACAUAAGUGUGAUGGGAAGCACUUCAGAAAAUAACCUAUCCCAAAAAAUGGUCAGUCUCUCUUGCCUUAGACUGGCAUUGCACAUGUCUAGCAGAUUGCUAUAAGUUUGCAAGUUCUGGACUCUACUCCAGCUUUGUCUUGUUGGCUUUGUCCAGCGGCCUGAUCUAACAGGCUGUUACAAUAGCUGCUAUAACAGGCAACAUUUCCAGUGCUUUAUUGGAGAGGUGUCAUAGACUGACAGAAGUAGGAUUACGGGUAUGGUGGCACGCAAGGAAAUGCAGCAAUGGGCACAUGUAUGAUGUUGGUAUUGUAGCUGGUGUGAGGAAAAAUUAAAUGGACUGGUCACAAGAAUGUGUUAUAUGGGAGUCCAAUGGUGGGUUUUGAGAAAAAUUUGCAGCUACAUUUUGGUUUCUUUAUUUUUUGUACUAUAAAGUGUUUCCUGAUUA